AUGGCUUUUGUGGGGAGUGGAGGUUCUUCUGAGGGACUGACUUUGAUUCUCAAAGAGGAAAAUAGGUAUAUCAACAGUCUGCAAAACUUUGCUUCAGUUACUUGGAGCCUGAUAGCUGAGUUUCUAAGUCCUUUGUUGCUCUUGAGAUCUCCCAAAGUCUUGGUUCUACAUGCUCAGUCAUGGAAGUUGUUUUUCACUUGGGUUGAAAAGAUACAGAGCCAGUGGGAUGAGGUGCAUGGAUAUCUCCAAAGCCGGAGGCAACAACUUCAGGAGAUGUUAAAGGAUUCAACACAGUGGCUGGAAGCUAAACAAGAAGCUGAGCAGGUUCUUGAACAAGCGAAAGCUAAGCUUGAGUCGUGGAAAGAAAUUUCCUACACCGUGGAAGCUCUGAAAAGGCAGAACACUGAGCUUAAGCAAUUUUCAAAAGAAAUACGACAAUGGCAAAUAAAUGUAGAUGUGGCAAAUGACAUGGCACUGAAGCUGCUCCGGGAUUAUUCGGCAGAUGACACCAGGAAGGUGCAGCUGAUGACAGAUAACAUGAAUGCGUCGUGGGCUGCCAUUAAUAAAAGGGUUUGUGAGCGUGAAGCUGCACUGGAGUCAGCCCUAAGAAUGUUGCAGCAGUUCUACCUGGACCUUGAAAAGUUCCUUGCGUGGCUUACAGAAGCUGAAACAACUGCAAAUGUCCUGCAGGAUGCUACACACAAAGAAAAGAUACUAGAGGAUGCCAAAAGGGUUCGGGAGCUCUUGAAACAGUGGCAGGAACUACAGGCAGAAAUUGAUGCUCAUACUGACAUCUUUCACAACCUGGAUGAAAACGGGCAAAAAAUCCUGAGGUCCCUGGAAGGCUCUGAGGAUGCGACUCUGCUGCAGAGACGUCUGGAUAACAUGAACCUCAGAUGGAGUGAACUCAGGAAGAAAUCUCUAAACAUUAGGUCCCAUUUGGAAGCCAGUACCGACCAGUGGAAGCGACUACAUCUCUCUCUGCAGGAACUUUUGGCAUGGCUGCAAUUGAAGGAGGAUGAAUUAAAACAGCAAGCACCCAUUGGUGGAGAUCUUCCCACUGUGCAGAAACAGAAUGAUAUUCAUCGGACUUUCAAGAGGGAGCUGAAAACAAAAGAACCUGUUCUCAGGAGCUCGUUUGACACUGUGCGAGUGUUCCUGGCUGAGCAGCCUGCAGAGGGACUGGAGAAGCUCUGCCCAGAGCCAAGAGAUCUGUCACCUGAGGAAAGAGCCCACAAUGUCACUAAAGUUCUUCAAAGGCAAGCAGAUGAGGUGAGGACUGAGUGGGAUAAGCUGAAUCUGCAGUCUGCUGACUGGCAGAAGAAGCUGGACGAUGCUCUGGAAAGGCUGCAGGCCCUUCAGGAGGCCAUGGAUGAGCUGGAGCUGAAGCUGCGCCAGGCUGAAGCCUUCAAGGGAUCCUGGCAGCCCGUGGGGGAUCUGCUGAUCGACUCUCUGCAGGAUCACUUAGAAAAAGUCAAGGUUUAUCGAGCAGAACUCGUACCCCUAAAAGAAAAGGUGCACCAUGUCAAUGAGCUUGCUCACCGAUUUGCUCCCUCUGAUAUUCAACUCUCCCAGUACAAUCUCAGCUGUGUGGAAGACCUGAACACAAGGUGGAAGGUGCUACAGGUGGCCAUUGAUGAGCGCAUCAGGCAACUGCAUGAAGCUCACAGGGACUUUGGACCUACUUCCCAGCAUUUUCUUACCACUUCUGUCCAAGGCCCCUGGGAGAGGGCAAUCUCACCCAACAAAGUGCCGUAUUAUAUCAA